AUGCUGACCAACAAAGGACUGACGGAUUCAUAUGGAUUGACGGUGCUACACUCCCCCGAGAAGGCUGAGGAUGUUGUCUUAGAUCUGGUGGCCGUCCAUGGGCUCAAUGGAGAUGCAUUUAUGUCCUGGAAACACAAGGACACCGGAGUGAUGUGGCUCAAAGAUUUGCUGCCUGCAAGCCUACCAAAUGCCCGAAUUAUGACGUUUGGUUAUAAUUCUAAGUUCAACAACUUCACCGCAGAUCAGGACCUGAGAUGUAUUUGCGAGACUUUACUUGCUGAUAUUGUUGAUUUAAGAGUCAAUGUAAGUAUGGUGCCAUCAACUAGGCCGGUGGUAUUCGUCUGUCACAGCCUAGGGGGUAUUAUUGUGAAAAAGGCGCUUUCUAUCAGAACUGUUGAUGCUCGAACCAAAAUCCAGGAUUCGACAUACGGCAUCCUCUUCUUAGCUACUCCGAAUGAUGGAAGUGAUCUUGCGACAACAGGCAGAGCAAUCGCCAAAUUCGCAACAAUGAUAUCCCCUCUCAAUCCAGCCCAAAAUUUGCUGGAUAUACUUCGCGUCGAUUCGAAUACUCUUCUUGAAAUUAGAGAAGAUUUUCUCCAACGAGUGCCGAAGCUACACAUUGUAUCGUUUUAUGAGAUAUAUUCCACAUCCAUAGGGCUUUUCAACACGCAUAUUAUCAAAAGACGAUCGGCUAGGCUUUUAGUUCCCGGAGAAGUCAACAUCAAUUUAUAUGCUGAUCAUAGAAAUAUAUGCCGGUUUUCAUCGGCUGAUGACCGCAACUUUCGUCCGGUUGUUUCACGCCUGAUUCAAUUCUACGAGGAUAUCAAGGGACAAAAAAAGACACCAAUAUUAUGCUCCCCCUUAAAGCCAAAGGGCACAAUAACUCCCAGGAUAGGGACAACAGAAAACCAGGAACCGAUCUUUGAAGUACCGUUCGCCCGUUGCAUUACUUUUCAGGGACGACAAGAUCUGCUGAGCGAGAUGGAAUCAUACUUUGGACAAUCUAACUGCAAUAAGCCGCGAAUUUACGCAAUAUCUGGCUUAGGGGGUGCAGGGAAGAGCCAAACGGCUGUAGAAUAUGCAUUUAGAAAUCGUUCAAGGUACAAGUCUGGAGUCGCUUUUUUUAAUGCUUCCUCACAGACGACGCUGGUUACAGAUUUCCACCGAAUUUAUGACAUGCUUCCACUUGGUAAUGCUUCGGCCAAAGAACCCAACAAAGUGGACUAUAUCAAGCGAUGGUUCUCCAGGCAAACAAAUCGUCAUUGGCUUUUAAUAUUUGAUGGAAUAGAUAACUUGGGGUCUGUUAAAAUCACAGACUACUUCCCAAAUGCAUCCUGGGGCCACAUCAUACUCACUAGCCGAGACCAGGCUACUCUUGGGGCCAUUUGCCCUGCAGGACAGAUAAUCUCAGGGCUUGAAGAAAACGCAGCCAUCCAAGUACUUUUUGGAAAAGCUGCCAUUAAUAACCCAACUGAAGAUGAUGGCAAAGAAGCUAGUAUAAUUGUCCGGCUACUAGGAUACCUUCCCUUGGCUGUUGACCAGGCUGGUGCUUUUAUCCGGAGACGCCAAAAAUCGUUGAAGGAUUAUCACCGGCUUUUUAAGAAUAAACAUUACGAAGUCCUCAAAAUAAGCCCGGGCAUAGGAGACCACGAAAAGACGGUUGCAACGGUCUGGGAGCUUAACUUCCGCCAGCUAGAAAAAGACUCUCCGGCUGCCUCCCAUCUGCUGCUGUUGUUUUCCUUUCUACAAGCCUCUAAUAUCCCGGAAUCUAUGCUGCGGAGCGGCUGUUUGACUAAGAAAAUAUGGGGUGAGGAUGGCGAAGUCGUAGAUCUUCGUCCGGAAGACGCAGGCCUCGAUCCUGAGCUUAUCGACCUUAUUACCGACGAGAUGAAGUUUGACGAAGCAAUUGAGAAUCUGCUGGCCUUUUCUCUCAUACAACUAACUAUGAGUAGCCGAGGAGGAAGAGCUAUCUCGGUCCAUCCUUUGGUUCAGCACUGCGCUACUCACCGGGUGUCCCUCGAUGUACAGCAAAAAUGGCGGACGCAGGCGAUUCUGCUAGUUGCUCAAGCAUUCCCUUAUGGGGAGUAUAUCACUGAGUUUUCCGGAGACACUGGACGGGAAAUACUUGAACACGUUCACAACGUCCUUCAAGAGUUUGACAACGUUGAGCCCAAGUCGGAAUUAUACCCAAUACUCAAGAAUUCAUUUUGCACGUUGCUACUCUCCGCUUCAAAAUAUAACUCUGCUUUAUGGAGACGCGAAAGCCUGGGUAAAGUCAGGGAUCUUCUACAUGGCAGCGAAGAACACUACUUACAGACGUGGGUUGCCCAUCGAGAGAGCAAAAUACUGCGCUUUGAGGGCGACCUGGCGGGCUCUAGUGCAGCACUGGAGCAGCAAGUCAAUAAUCUGAAAACACAAAACUUCCAAGUGGCCUCUAACCCACGGUGGAAUGCCCAUCUAGGACGAAUCAUCUCCUCCUAUGCUGAAAAUUCGAUCCUUCAAAAUGGAUGCGUGCAUGCACAAGAAGCACUUGAAGCUUGGAAUCCUCUGAACCCGAAAAAUCCUUCAUCAAUGGAAAUCGCCGUCCUAAAAAGCCGUAAUAUAAACCUGGGGAGGAUUCUCAAAAACCAAGGGAAUUUUGAGGGGGCACUGCCAUAUUUCGAAGAAAUGUUUCUGGAUGUUACUGAUCGGCAUUGCAACGAAAGCGAAGGUUGGCACAUGGCCUUAUUUGCCAAUCUGUCAGACUUGUACUGCGAAUUGGGGCAUCCGGAGAAGGCAGAAGCUGUCUUGAAGAAACAACUUGAGAUAAUCUACAUGCGCGGGUGGGAGAGUAUCAGUGGGGGAGUAAGGAUACAGCUGGCUAUGGCGGAAAGCUUCAUCCGGCGUGGCUUGUUUCAAAAGGCUGAAGGAUGUCUGUUGAAGCUGGUAUCACUUUGCAAACCUUCUGAAAAGAUGACUGUCAGCGCCAGAACCAACAGCUUUCUCGUAUGGACAGGGCUUGCGAGAGUAUCCCAUCUUCAAUGCCGUUGGAGCGAUGCCAUUGACCGUUGGCACCGUGCAUUGGAACUUGUUGAAAGUGCUGGGUGGGUAAAAAGUUUCAAUCAUGGGCUUAUUCUACACUCGAUAGCCCAAAUACAGUUCCGCAUGAAGAAAAUCGACGAAAGUGAAAAGACGCUCCGCCGUGCAAAAGCAAGUCUUGCUGCCGAUGAUAGAAAAUACUGGAUUGUUGGCCUUGGGUCUUACUGGUAUGAUUAUGUUGUCUGUCCGCUGGGAAAGGACGGCCCUGAUCCUAUCAUCCAUGGUACACCUGGAGAACUUGAGGUCAUUGCUUCGAAAUCUGAGGUGGAGGAAGAUACCCUCUAUGAAGAGCAUAUGGAUGAAAAAGUGUCCCAUGAAGUUAAAAAGAAAAUGGAUGUCGAAAAGGGGUGUGUGGAAAAGGAGAUCCAUGCUGUGAAACUGUGCAGUAAGCAGGGUGACGUGCAAGAAAAUCCAAAGGGCCUAACUCGGUCUUUCAGUAAGAGACUAUGGAAUGCUUAUAGAGGAAAAUGA